ACUACUGUCAGUAGCCAUGUGACAAUAAGAUGAUAAUGAAGAACGAACUCUCAACAUUUAAAAGCCAAAGUCGAAGUUGCAGGUGGUUUUCUUAAGAAAAAACGAUGUCUCUCAUCUAAAACAUCAUGCAUCAACAGAAAAAGAUGCAACAAAUCAUGUCACUUAAUACAGAUGUUUUAAUAUUGCGGUAAUAUAUAAUUUAUGAUAUAGCAAAAUGGAAUUUUACUUAGGAUCCGAGGAUGCUAGUGACAAUAAUAAAAUGAUUAGAACCAUAGAAUGGGAUAUGAUGGACAAAACCAAGUUUUUUCCUCUGUCCAUGUUAAGUUCAUUUAGUGUCCGAUGUGCACUUUAUCCACUGACAUUAAUUAAGACUAGAUUACAAAUUCAAAAGCACAAUGACUUAUAUACAGGCAUGUUCGAUGCAUAUGGAAAAAUAUAUAAAUAUGAAGGAUUUAGUGGUCUCUAUAGGGGAUUCUGGGUUUCUUCAGUACAGAUAGUAAGUGGCGUUUUCUACAUCUCGACCUACGAAGGCGUACGGCAUAUACUACACCAAAAAAAUGUUCAUUCUAGUUUAAGGGCACUUAUUGCCGGAGGAUGUGCUUCAUUAGUAGGUCAAACCAUAAUAGUUCCAUUUGACGUCCUUAGUCAACACCUUAUGAUGAUCGGUGUCAACGGUAGGGGAGAACAGGAAUUUAAUCACUUAGGGAUGAAGACAAAACCGAAUCAAAGCAAAUUUUCGAUAACCAUUGAUGUAGCGAAACAUAUUUUCAAAAUGGAUGGCAUCGCCGGUUUUUACAGAGGCUAUUGGGCAAGUUUAUCGGCCUAUGUUCCGAAUUCAGCGUUAUGGUGGGGAUUUUAUCAUAUAUACCAAGACCAAUUAUACGUUUUGAUGCCAAGUUGGUUCUCUCACCUUUUGCUACAAAGUAUCUCAGGAACUUUAGGCGGAUUUACGACGACAAUUUUAACAAAUCCUUUAGAUGUAGUUAGGGCCAGAUUGCAAGUACAAAGAAUAGGAUCAAUGCGCACUGCAUUUAGAGACCUAUGGGUAGAAGAAGGAAUUCAUAUGUUUACCAAGGGACUAAGUGCAAGACUUAUCCAAUCAGCUACGUUUAGUUUUAGUAUAAUAAUUGGUUACGAAACUAUAAAAAGAAUAUCAGUAAACGAAGAAUAUAAACAGUUUGUUAAGUGGUGAUCGAAUUGUAAAUUAUAUUUUUAUCGUUGAAGGCAACCCCUUAGAGAUUUUAGAAAUAUAAAGCAAAAAUUUAAGGCACCGCAAGCUUGGAAUAAAUGUACGCUUACAUUGUUAACAGAGAAGUCAAAAACGAUUGUAAAAACAAUAAAAUUUUAAACACGU